AUGUCCGACUCCCUCAGAAAGCCCGUCUCCGAAAAGGUCAAGGAAGGCCUCACCCCUGACUCCACCAAGUCCGGCCCCGAAAAGGUCAAGGAAAACGUCACCGACAACUUGGACAAGGCGGCCAACGUGUUGACCCCUGACUCGUCGAAGUCGACCACCCAGAGACUCGCCGACAACACCCAGAACGCUAUUGACAACGCUAAGACCGACGCCGAAUCGGCCAAGGAAACCGCCAAGUCCGACUACCACCAGGCCAAGGCCGACCACCUCCAGAACGAAAAGACGUUCUCGGAAACCGUGUCGGAAUACGUCGAAGCCGGCAAGAAGGAACUUGAGAAUGCUGCCAACUACAUCUCGGAAGCGUUGUCGGGUGCCGAAGCUGACGCUAAGGCUGGUGCCGAAAAGGCUGAAAAGAACUUUGAGCAGACUAAGCUGGAACUCAGCUCUGACAUCAACAAGAAGAAGGCGGAACACGACUCCACCUUGUCUGGUAAGGCCGAGCACACCGCCAACGCUGCUAAGGACAAGGUUGACGCUAAGACCGCUUAA